AUGUCAUCAUCAACACUAAAAGAUAUGCGAAAUCUUUUGCAUGAUACUAAUCGUUCACGAGUAGUCGAUCAUACAAAAUUACAAAAACAUGGACAAUUAUCACCGUUACCCGUAUAUUGUUUUGGUACACUAUCCGAACCCAUAUCAGAUCCGAACAAUGAUGAUAUUGUUGAGAAUGAACAAUCCAAAGAGACAACUAAUAUUCAAAAUAUCCUAAUGGCUCCCAAUUUAACAAGUCCAUCAGAAUUUUUAAUGAAUACAACGAUACAUGAGCAACAGUUUGACGAAGAUGAUAAUGAAGUAGCACAACAUAAUAAAUAUGGAAUGUAUCAUGCUGUUUUGGGACAUGUAACUACUAAUGAUGACGAAUAUGAAAAUGAUCAUGAGAACAAACAUAUUGAAAAUGAAGCAAAAGCAUCUGGUUAUGAAUUUCAUUAUGAUGUUGAUAAUCCUUUGGAAAUAUCAUGUUCAAUGUCACUGAGUUCGGUCGAUACCCUAUCAGAACAUACACAUUCACCAGUUAAUCGUCUAAAUGCAAUAGUUAAUAUCGAUGGAAAUACAUUUAGACGUUUAAAAUUAAAUACAAAUCGACAAAAAAUACUCCAAGCAGCAAAUGGUCAGAAAGAGUAUGUUGAAAACUUAAGCGAAGACAAAACAAAUGAGGGUAUGACUACGCGACUUUGUUUAACGAGUGAUGAAGAAUUAAAUAAUAGUAAUUCCCAUUCACAUGAUAAUGAUAUUCUUGGUAGUGAUGAUCCGAAUGAUUUAAAAUCUGAACCAUUAGAAAAACUCGAUUAUAUUAAAAAUAGUAGAGAAGUUGAUCAUCAAUGGAAUAAAAUUAAACGUACUAGUAACAACGAUAUACACGAACAAGAUGAAAAAUUACGUAGUUUUCGUGGAUGGCAUAUGUCAAUGUUAAAACAAAUUGAUGAAAAAUUAAAAGAAAUUGAAUUAGUUGACACAGAUAGUGCCAAUGACAAUGAAAACGAUGAAAUAUGUUUACAUUCAGAUAAUUCAUUACCACAAACAUCAUCUAUUGAUAGUUUUUAUAAACGCAUGACAGGAAAAAAGAUUCCAACUAAACCAAUUCAUCAAUGUAUAAAUAAUCUACCUGAAACAUUGACAUAUCACAAACCAGCAAUAAAACAUAGUUCCGAUUGGUUGCCAAUAAAAAAUAUUGAAUAUGUUCGUAACAAAAAAGAUAAGCACAUAUCAGAAUCGACACAUCCAUCAUUAAAAAUACGUUGCCUUGAAAAUGCAAAACGUCCUUGUUCACCACCAUUAAUACCUGAUCUAAAUCGAUUUCGGACAAUACCAAAAUAUAAUAAAACGAUUGAUCGAACAUCUCGUACGCCACCAAUUCACAAAGAGUCAAAAACGCUUGUAAUUAAUUUGCCUCCGUCUGAUGAUGAUGAUGAUGAUGGUGAUGAUGAUGAUGAUGAUGAUGAUGAUGAAGAUGAUGAAGAAAAAGAUCACAUCAAAUAUCAUCAUAAACCAAAAAUAUAUUAUCAACCUUUGAGAAAUAAAGAACAAACGGGUAGUACAAUGAACGAUUCUCAAAGAAUUCAAUUUUCAACAGAAAACGAUAAUAAUUACGUGAGAAAAAUGCAGAAUAUAUAUCAAGCUAAAACAAACAUCAAAUCACAACACAAUCGAAUAAAAGAAAUACCAGAUCAGUUAGCAAAAUCGAAUCGAUACAAGCAAAAAAAACAGCAGGAUCGUUAUGUACAAUCAGUUUCAAACAGUAAAAAACAUGACAAAAAUUUGUAUCGUGAAAAACCACUGAUAUAUACAGACGAUUUAUCUAGAACAGUUUAUAAAUCGUCUGCUGAAUUUUCGCACGAUUCACGCUGGAAUAAUAAACCCUUUACUGAAUUUCCGCACGAUUCACGCGGGAAUAAUAAAUCUUCUACUGAAUUUCCGCACGAUUCACGCUGGAAUAAUAAAUCCUUUACUGAAUUUCCGCACGAUUCACGCGGGAAUAAUAAAUCUUCUACUGAAUUUCCGCACGAUUCACGCUGGAAUAAUAAAUCCUUUACUGAAUUUCCACAUGAUUCACGCUGGAAUAAUAAACCCUCUACUGAAUUUCCGCAUGAUUCACGCUGGAAUAAUAAAUCUUCUAAUAAUAGGCGGAAUAAUUAUGAAGAUGAACCACAUUUAGGAAAACGUUUUCUGUCACAACAACAAGAUGAUUACGAACAACACGAAAGUGGUCGGCGUUCACGUGAACAAAGUAGCGAACGAAUAUUACGAGAUCAGGGUGCACAGACAGAAUCACCAUCUCAACAUUUGACAGCUGAUUUUCAAACAUUACUAAAUAAAUGGCAAAAAUUAAUGACCGCCUCUGUAAAUUCAAAGCCUUCGAAGGACAACUAUGCACCUCGACAUCGACCUUCGAAUGCUGACAAGCAAACAAGUACAUAUGAAUCCGAUCGGAUGUUCAGUGAUAAUAAGACACACAUAUCUCCUGCAUAUAAUCAAAUCGAUCGAACUCGUCAAUCGAAUGUGGAAGCAUUGCGAAAUGCAUCUAAGGUAGAGUAUGAUGGAAAAUACAUGGAUUAUUCGAACAAAUCUGGUAGACAAAAUGGUUUACAGUCAACAACCCACGUGUCGACUGUAAAUGCGAACAAUAAUAAUAACAAUAACAAUAAUAAUAACAAUAAUGCCGGAGCCCGUUUUGAUCUAAGUUUGAUUAAAGGAAACAACGCUGCCAAUGCUUUGUCUCUAACACCAAAAAAUGCCACUAGUUUUAUACAAAAUAACCUGCAGAAUAAUAAUGUGCAUGAUUCGUUAAAUACUAUUGAUCCCAAUCGAUCGAAAUCAUCACGACCUAUAGAUCAAGUAAAAUUUUAUAGUUUGAGAAAUAAAAGUGUAACAUCACGACGUCCCGAGCUCAAUUUUGGUGGACCAUUAACUCCCGAACCACAUAUCCACGAUGUUCAAGACUAUCCACAGACAAGUGUUUCCGAUAUUUCUCAACAACCCUAUUCUAACAUAAUGUUGGAAAGCCCACCUAAGCAACCAUUAUUCGAACAACAAUUGAACAAUUAUAAUAAUGAUACUCCUUCUGUACGAGAUCCGGCAGUAUUUUCAGCCGAUAUUGGUCCAUUAACUUCCAUGGAUACAUCGAAUUUAGGUCAUUUAGUAGAUCGUGUUUUCGAUGAUUUAAAUGAUCAAAAUUCAAAUAAUUUCUAUCGUGAUUAUAAACAAUUAUUAGAUAAUAUACAAACACGGUUUAAUAUACCAAUUGAAAUAUUUGCCUAUGAUAUCAGUAAAGUACAAGUCGAACAAAAGUUUUAUACUCAUCCCGUUGUUCAUACACAAGUAUCAUAUAAAGUUAAUAUAUCAAAUGCUGGGCUUGGCAAUUUAAAAGCAGACGUUAUUCAUAAUGAUUAUCCUUAUUCUUGCCAAAUACAUAAUUUAUCCGAUAAAGAAUUUCUUGUUCAAUAUGUUCCCGUUGAUCCUGGUAUUUACAAAUUAAAUAUUUUAUUUAACAAUGAACUUGUUGGAGGAAAAUCUUUUAUAACAGACGUUCGGUCAUUAUCAGCAAAACCUAUUGCUGCUAGUCCAUCACCAUCAACUGUCAAACUUCGAUUGCAAGGACCACCAGAUGCAGAAGUCGGAGAUGAUGUUGCAUUUCUUGUCACUGCCGAUGGGCCCUCGAAUUCAUCUGUUUAUUCUCUGGUCACAUGUAACUCAAAAACAGUUCCAUCAAAAGUCGAACGUAUUGAUCAAAAAUCUUGGAAUGUUUUUUUUAAACCGUAUAUUGCUGGUAAUUAUACGGUUAAUGUUUUUCAUAAUGGUGCACAAAUAUACGGUUCACCCAUUAAUGUUCAAAUUGAAAAUUCAAGAGGCAAAGUACUCUUGUCCGGUUUAGAACAAACUGUUUUAACUAAUUCAACAUGUGUUAUUCAAGUUCAUGUUGAGUCCGUAACAUCAACUAAUAUUAAAGCUGGUGUUAGUUUAGCAAAUAAACAAAUUCCAUCAUCACUAAAUAUAGUAAAUGAUAAUUUAGUGAGAAUUCAAUUUAUACCGCAAGAACCCGGUUUAUAUUCUGUUGAUGUACGUUGUGGUAACAUGUCUGUUGAAGGAUCUCCAUUUUUGAUUAAAGUCGAACGACCAAAAGUUGUUCAAGUUUUUGGAGAAUGUUUUAAUAGAUUACGAUUAAAUGAAUUGGGUGUGUUUAUUGUACAUUGUAAUGGUCAAAAAGGAAUUGUAAAAGCAAAAGCAUUUAAUCUUUCCGUUGGAGAUCGUGUUGACAUGCAACCAAUAUCAUUUAAAUUAAAAGAACCGUAUGAACUUUUAUUACAAUUUGCACCACAGUUACUGAUUAAAACAUUUGCUACUUUAUUGAUUAAUCGAUUACGUUUAACACCUGAUCGUAUUACGAAAGUUUCAAUAGGAAAAGAUGGUGGAAAUACCGUAUGUACAUUUCAGUUACAUGAAAAAUUAGGCUUUAAUAUACCACCAAAUGACCAUAUUAUUGAAGCAUUGAAACAUCUAGUUGAUACAAAUACGUUUUACCUACUUGAUCCUAGUCAUAGACCGUUAAAUACACUGAAAGGAACAGUUUUUAUUGGACCAAAAGGUGAACAAGUUCAAGUGAAAUUGUUCCCCCAGGCCAGUGGUGAUUAUAGUGGUGAAUUUACACCAACUAAAGUUGGUCAACAUCGUAUCGACAUAACAUUUGCUAAUAUGCCAUUACAAGGUAGUCCAUUUUUCACAGAAGUCUAUGAUCCAUCAGCCGUAAAGAUACUCAAUUUACCAAGAGAAAUUAUUGUUGGUUCAGAAACUUCAUUUGAAGUAAAUCUCGAAAAUGCUGGCAAUGUACCAUUGGACAUGAAAAUUACUUCUCCGACUGGUGUAUCAGUGCCAUUGAAAAUCGAGGAUUCAACAUUUAAAUCAUCCGUUAAAAAAGUUCGUUUUCAACCGAAUGAAACUGGUGUUCACUAUAUUAGUGCAAAAAUUGGUUCCGAAGCUAUUCCAAAUACUCCACUUAAAAUUAUUGUUAGCGAUGCACGAUCUGUCACCGUCCACGGAGAAGGUCUUUAUCAUGCUCAGGAAGAUCAAUCGGCUAUUUUUUUUAUUGAUACGCAAGAUAUGCAGGGUGAUUUGAAAGUUCGUAUAGAAGGUCCAAAUUCUGUUAUUAAAAAUACACUUGAACGAACAAACGAAGGGCUGUUUAAAGUAACAUAUAUACCAGUUGAAGUUGGGUUUCAUAACAUUAGUAUUAAGUGGAAUGGAAAAGAUAUUGGAGGUAGUCCAUUAAAAGCUUCAGUUACAAAUCCUGAACGUGUUCGAGUAGUUGGCGGAUGGCAAUCGAUUCUUGAUGCAGAAAAUCGAAUGCGUUUAAUUAUAAAUGAAGAAAAAAAGAUUCGCUUUGAUACAGCGUACGCUGGCCCAGGUACACUCAAAGUCGAUGUCCGUGGUAGUGAAGGACGAAUACCCACACGUCUUGAUCAACAAGGUUCAUUAUAUACCGUCAGUUUUACAGCAGUUCAUGAAGGAAAAUACGAUAUUAAUGUAACAUAUGAUAAUAAUCUCUUACCAAAUAUGCCUCUACGUGCAACAGCUACUCACGUAUCAGGACAAUCGGAUCAUUUAAAAGUUGAAGUGCAUGGCAGAGGAAGUCACGAAGCCAGAGUGAAUGAAGAAGCAGAAUUUACCAUUGAUGGAUCAAGGGCAGGACCAGGUGUUCCAUCGGUACGUUUAACUGGCACUAAGUCCGAUGUUGAUGUUCGAAUUAAAUCACUUGAAAACAAUGUUUACUUAUGUUCAUAUAUUCCAUCUCUACCAGGACCUUAUCUACUAAGUGUAACUUGGUCAGAUCGACAAGUACGAGGUUCACCAUUUAAAAUUAAUGUAUUACCAGCCGGAAAUGCAUCUAAAGUUGUCUGUAGUGGUGAUGGUCUUCGUACGGGUGUAAUGGGUAGAGAAAUCAAAUGUUUAAUUGAUACAAGAUCAGCAGGUCCUGGAGAAUUAACUGCUUAUUGUCAAGGACCAGUAAAAACAGCCUUUUGUCGCUUAUUCGAUCAUCAUGAUGGUACAUUUACGCUCUAUGUCAAACCACAAGAGACUGGACGACACGUUUUGACAAUUAAAUAUAAUGAUGAACAUGUUCCUGGAAGUCCUUAUAUGCUAAAAAUAUCCGGACCACCAGAUGCUAAUAAAGUACGUGUAUCGGGUCCAGGUAUUGAACAUGGUGUAUUAUCAACAUUUCAAUCGCGUUUUACAUGUGAAACAAAAGGAGCUGGAGCUGGUCAAUUAACAGUGAAAAUUCGCGGACCAAAAGGUGCAUUUCGUGUUGAAAUGCAACGAGAGCAUUUACAAGAUCGAACAAUAUUGUGUAGAUACAAUCCGACAGAGCAUGGCGAUUAUUUAAUUAGUGUAAAAUGGAGUGAUGAACAUGUUCCUGGAUCACCAUUUCAUGUACAUAUAUUUGAAAGACAAGAAGAACUCGAACGAUUUUUACGUGAACAAAAUUUAUUUCGACAAAACUGGAGAGAAGAUUUAUAG